GUAGUGUGACUGUUUCCCGCCCGGCCGGAGAUAGAGCAGCAGAAGAAGACUCAGACCGGAAACUAAACAGAGCGGCGGAACAGCGCGCGGCGGAAAAAGACUUUAAUCUGUGUGAAAAUAAAGAGCAAACAAACAGCAGCAGGCUCAUGGACUCUGCACCUGAAACACUCACCUGGUUACCGUUGGUUACAGGAUGGAGCACUCUGAUUGGACGGGGCACCUACUGAGCGCACUGCCGGUGAGCUGCCAGAUCUCCAGUCAGCAGCAGGAUGUCAGACUCCUCCAAUGAAGAUGACCAGAAGAAGGCAGAGUUUACCAGCAGGAUGUGGGCAGAGUCUCAGCCGGGUCCGUCCAGGUGUCCGCCCAGCCGACAGGGUUACUGUGGAUACUGCCGAGUCCUGUACAGCAACCUGGACCAGCACCUGUCCAGUCUCAAACACCUGGAUUCUGUCCGGGCGUCGUCCCGAGGCUCCAGCACCAUCUCUUCUGUCAGGAGCAGCAGAACCAAACUAACCCUGCUGGAGCGAUUCCUGCAGGACGUCCUGCAGCACCACCCGCACCGCUACAAGGACCCCAGGCCAUCUCAUGCCGACCUUCCAUCAGUCUCCGCCCCUCCGCUGCCCAGGGAGGUGCUUGAUGAGCUGCGUUUCUCUGACAACGACAGCCGGUCAUUCGGCACCCGCGAGCACCUGCCCAGCUCUGACGACCUAUCCUGUCAGCUGACCAAUCAGGAAGAUGACCGUCAGCACAGCCAAUCAGGAGAAGGAGUCACAGAGGGGGCAGUUCAAGAGAGGGUGUUUACGCCAAUCAGAGAGCCGGAGGAAGGAGGGGCUGCCUUCGCAGGCCACACACACUCCUCACACACACAGGCUCCGCCCCCUCACGUGCAGGCCACAUCCCCUGUCCACAGGAAGGCCCACAGGAAAACAAACAGGAGGAAAACCAGCGAUUCCUCAUCCACUUCACCGCCCCACGGUGGUCUGCACCCCAGGCCCCAGGCCCCCUCAGAGCUGAGGCCCUGGCUGAGCUGGCAGAAGGAGAGGAAGGAGGCUCAGAAAGAGGAGGCAUUCUCCUCAGACCGUAGCGACCCUCUGGACCAGACCAUCGAGGAGGUGAUCCAGAUGUGUUGCUAUGGCAUCAAUUCCACUACCUGCCAGCAGGGGGAGACAGAGAGUGUCCACUUCAGCCUUCCUGUCUCCAUGGAAACACAGAGUGAUGACUGGGACUCACACGUACAGGUGGUUCUUCAGCAACAACAAACACUCAGUGACACACCUGUCCAGGUGAGCCAGACGGAGGAGCAGGACCUCAGCCGUCUGAUGGACGUUCAGGUGGACCUAGAGGACCAGGCGUACUCACACCAGCUUGACUCUGCCCUCCAUGGCAAGCAGCAAGCAGGGGGCGGGGGGCAAGACGACGGCUUCUGGACUCUGCCAGUAGAAGAGGUUUUGCCCGCCCCGGCACAUAUCCCACAAUCGUUUAGGGGGAAGACCUGGGCCCAGAUCGAACAAGAGGAUGAGGAGAAGGUGGACAAACUGGUGCAGCAGUUCAGAAAGGAGACAUUCAUCUGCUACUUUGACAGCGAGUCUCUCGCCAGGUAUGGGAGGAGGAGCCGAAAUAAAAAGAUGCAUGGUGAGAGCAAGGAGGUGGAGCCACACACCGGCGUCCUGUCCUUAUUGGACUGCGAUGAAGAAGACUCUCUGUACAUCAGGAAGAGAAGAAAGAGGCAGGCCUUCAGAGUGGCAUCCAGGUGUCAGGUGGUCAAAGUUAGUCACAGCACUCAGACUGUGCGAUUGGUCGUCCCAGCUGUUCAUCAGUCAGUUCCUGAAGCCCCUCCCGUGAGCAUUCCUACAGCCAAUCAGGAAGCAGCAGAGAGAACGCCUGAUGUGCAGACGUGGCGCUGCCUCCCUCCGUCAUACUCAAACAUCAUCACGCCUCUGCAGCCACGCACCUCUCUGGUCUACCUGCUCUGUUCCCCGUCAGGCCCUGCCCCCACCUACACACCUGCAACAGGCUCCACCCCCAAACGCUGCAGGAAGAAGAAGCGGCCGCUGGACCUGCAGGGGUUAAAGGUCAAAUAUAAACAACUUCCUGUCCGGUUUUAUGACCCCAGCAGCAACCGCAUCCUGAAGAACCCCCCAAAAGGCUUCCCGUGGCGGCGAUGCUCCACUCCCUCCAGCCUCCCGCCACCCUGCGUCCGUCAGCUGUUCAGAAGUCUGAGUCCAGACCUGAACACUGACCGGCCACUGGAGGAGGGGGCAUCAGGGUCCUCCAGGGUCAAAGGUCAGAGGUCAUCAGACACAGCCUUCAGCCAUGCCAACAGUUUCCUCCUGACCACGCUCAGUAGGGACUCGGCACAGACCAACAAACAGGACACAGUCAGGAGGCGGAGCAGGCCGUCUCAGGCCACACCCCCCUCACCUCAAAGCAGGUCAGAACGGGGAAGAGGAGGGAGAAGGGAGAGGACAUGCCCACCACCCUCCAAGAGAAGAAGCAGGGCUCAGGCCCUGCAGCCCAGGAGGGAAGGCCUGCGACGGGCAGGACCCAGCAAGAAAGUCCCCAGCUCCACAGGCCUGCCUCACCCUCCCUCACAGCGCCGGGGGAGAGCCCGCAGGGGGCGGGGCUGCGACAGGUCUCGGAGGUAACACGAUGCACCUGGGCAGGUAGCAGCCUUGUUUAUACACACGUAAAGUCAGGAGAUUCGGUGAACACUGACGAUUAUUUAAGCUGGUAGGAUCAAUAAUCAGAUUUAUAAACAAGGCUGCUGGACUUAAUAUGAACAGUCUGCUGAUGUCAAUAAUAAAAUCAAAUCCUCUUACUUUAUAUUUAUAUGUGCAAGUCGGACCUUGUUUUCAUUAAAAAGUUUCAUCUGACACGUUCUGGUUAAAUGUCAACACUCAGCUUCAGGUUUUAUACACCACAAGGUUAAAACUACGACUAAAAGAGUUUAGAUUAAUGCAGACAUAAAACAUCAUGAGCAUCUGAAAAGAAUUCUAUCUGAUAAGUUGUCAUACAUCUCAAAAUUAAAUUUUUUAGGUAAAAGUCUGAAUUUUAAGUUUAUUAGGAAUCAUUCAAUUAUUGAAACAAGUUGAUUUGAAUCUUCCAUGUCAUGAAGAUAACCAUUAAAAUUGGAUUUUACAUUUUUUAAAGUAGAAAAUGUUUUUUGAACACAUGUACACAAAUGGAAAAUGAAACUUGAAUUCAAUAACUUUGUUUGGCAGCUAUGACUCCAGGACACUGAAUACACCUGAGGCUCGUGUGUCAGGUGAGACAGCCUCUCGUACCUUUUCUUCAGGUGCUGAAUCUGUCAUAACUUUGUACUUACACUCGUUUAUUUAACUGUCAGUGCGUUCACGUUGAAUAAACUUUUAUAACCUGAA